AUGGAAGCGCUUCCCAGCCUCCUAACGAACCGGCCUGACGGCAGGUCUGCAGAGAAGGCCGCCACAAACCAAUUGACCGUCAGCCGCCAGGUGCGCCGCAUGAAGGUCGCCUGUAUUUCUACACCAGAGGCCGGGCAUCUUGUCCCGAUGGUGCAGAUAGCGAAAGCAUUGGCCCGGCGGGGGCACCAGAGCGCCCUGAUCACAAUGGACUGCGCCCGGGAGAAGUUUGCAAAAGGCUGCGAGGCGGUGGGCUGCGAGUUCGUCGGCCUGGGGAAGGGCAUCCAGGGUUCCGAUGCGGGGAGCGGCCUCGCCUCAGAGCUGACGUCCAAGGGCCUCUUCGGCAUCCUCUUCAGGCACUAUGACCAGGUGAUGCGGGAGGAGUUUAGAGAAUGGCUGCAGACAGAAAGGCCGGACGUUGUCGUGGCCGACAUGGUAACUUUGGGGGCUGUGAAGCCGGCGAAGGACUGUGGAAUCCCGUUGAUCUUGAAUGUCCCGGGGCCUUUCGAGCUGUUCAAGAACAUGAGCAUCUCGCUUAUUCUGACGCUGUGCGCGGUCUCGUUUCUGCAAACACGGAGUCUGACAGACACCAGAAUCAUGCUGCAGGUAAUGCGCGACAUACUGCCUGCCUUCAGCAACCAUUUGUGUUUGGUGAACAGCUUCUUCGGGCUGGAUACUGCAUGCCCGCUGCCUCCCAACAUCAUCAUGACGGGCUCAACUGCCCCAAGACCCAGUUCUCUGGUCUUGCGCGAGACGUCCGAUGAGCGCUUCAAUGCCUGGUUGCAGCGCAUACGUGGCAUGGGACUUCGCAUUGUCUAUGUGACGAUGGGCAGCAUGCAGGUCCUGGAGCCCUUCCAAGUACGAGCCAUAUUUGAGGGCCUUCUUGCUUUGUCGCCGCGUUGCGCGGUGGCUUGGUCUUUGAAGCCGGAGCAACAGGCAUUCUUGCCAGGAGGCGUGGAGAAGUUGCCCGCCCAGUUCUUUGUGCAGAAAUGGCUGCCGCAAGGCGAGGCGCUGCAGCUGCCUGAUGUCGCUGCAGUUGUCACUCACUGCGGCUUUGGGGGGCUCAAUGAGACCAUCGCUGCUGGCAAGCCCUUGGUGGCACUACCCUUCCGAGCCGACCAACCUGCGAAUGCCAAGAUUGCGCGAGCACGGGGUCUGGCCGAGGUUCUCUCGCCGCCCAAACUCACAGCCUCCGCAGUCAGCUCCGCCGUUGGCAAGGUCCUCAAUGAUCAGACCUACGGUGCGCGAGCCGUGGAAGUGCAGCGCUCCAUGCUGAAAACGGGAGGGGCGGAGGCCUGCGUAGAUGCGAUCGAGCACUUUGUCGAGCACGGCGGUUGCAAUGAGCUCUUCGAAGCCUUCCUGGCUCCAGAGCUUUCGCAGCGCGCUUUCGCCGCUGACGUUGAUAGCCGUCGGAGCUGCGGGAGCGUGUGUCUUGUCUCCAGUCAGAGUGUGGGUUGUCAGGCUCAGGCGAUUCAAGAGCUUGUUCUCUCAGAGGUCGAUUACAAGGUUCGGGAGAAGACGGACGAGAUGUUCACCAAGGGCAAGCAGGUGGUCGCGCAAAUGAAGCAGCGUCACCAGCAAACGGUGCAACAACACCAGGACGACAUUGCCCGCCUCCAGAAGAGCAGCCAGGAUUUGGAAGCGGAGAAUGCUCGCCUGAAGCAGCUCGUCCAAAGCCUGGCCACCAAUCUGGCAUCUGUCAAUACCGGCUACCUGAAUGGCAAGGACUUCUCAUCGCCAGACUCGUGUGCAAGUACAACUGCCGAAGACCCCGAAGCCACGACCAAGCAGUUGGAGGCUUCGACGCCGCCGCCGUUCGCCCCCCAGGCGCGCGUGGACGCGGACAUGCCGCUGCCAGAGGUCCCGGGCUUUCCACCACUGCCCUUGUCCCCGGUCCCUGGCACGCCGGGCGCGCCCAUCUCUCUGGCCGAGUCUCUGGGUCAGGUGACGCCUCAGCGCACACCGCUUUCCCUGAUGCAGUCGCUGACCCCGACCAUGGAGAUGCCAUCCCCCUUCACUGUCAAUGGACGUGCACUGGGAGGUAUGGGCGAGGAUCGGAUUUUCAGCUUCACCUUGCGUAAGGCGGAUGGCACCGAGCUCGGGCUCAAUGUAUCGCACCACAACUCGGAAGGCGUGCUGCUGGUGGAGGGCAUCCGUCCGGGCGGAGCGGUGGAAGCAUGGAAUCGACAGUGCCUAGGAAGCGCAUUCGCGGAGAAAGCGGUGUUUCCAAAGGAUCGCAUUAUCAGCGUGAACCACAUCGUCUAUAACCCGGCCGCUAUGCUACAGGAGUGCAAGGAAAAGCAGCUGCUGAAGCUCACGAUCGCCCGUGGCAAUGUCUCUCUGCCCUCGGCCCCAGGGCAGGCUGGCUCGGCCUCUCUCCGUGCGGAUGCCUCUGAGUUCGUGCCGGGCGUGACGUCCAAGCCAACGACCAACGGCGCCGAGGAGAAGAAGGAACCGAAGGAACCGAAGGAUGACACUCCCAAAGAGGACGGUGAGGCCGACUAG